UGCGGAUACACUGACAGCAAACAGGAAGCCAUAUGCCUUGGCGAGUGAAAGUGUUCGCGUGUUUGAAAGCUACAGACAUUUGAACUGAGUGAUACAGUUGGAACAUUGGUGGGAAAUGGCGACUGACGAACUUGCAAAGAAACUCGAGAGGAGAGUGAAUAUCAACGAAUCAGGGGAGGAUGGUGCGGAACCUGUUCUUCCGUCUAUGCAAGUGUGGAAUCCGUAUACAGAAUUCAAGGAGUUUACACGGAAAGAAAUUCAAGGUUUUCAGAAAACUUUCAAUAAGUAUGAUACGGGCCGAGACAAGUUCAUUGACUUUGAGGAGUUGAAAGUAAUGAUGGAGAAACUGGGGGCAGCUCAAACACACCUGGGACUCAAAGCCAUGAUAAAGGAGGUUGACGAGGACAACGAUGGAAAAAUCAGUUUCAGGGAGUUCUUGCUUAUAUUCCGGAAAGCCCGAGCCGGGGAACUUGAUGAAGACAGUGGUCUGUUUAACCUUUACCAGAACCUAGAGGAAGUGGACGUAGACAAAGAGGGAGUGAAGGGUGCUAAAAACUUCUUUGAGGCCAAGAUUGAUAAACAAACACAGGACAAAAAGUUUGAAAAUGAGAUAAAGAAUGAACAAGAGGAAAAGAAAAAAUUGCAGGAGGAAGCGAUGGAAAGGAAAAAGGCAUUCAAGGAAAAGGCCACUUUCUUCACACAGGCCGCAGCCAACAACUGACGGACAAAUUAAUAGGGACGUGUCCAGGCUACAGUGACUCGUCCAGAUCUGACCUUCUUGUGACCUUGAUGAUCAAAUCCUCACUUUAGUGUUAUAAUUAAUUCACAACAAAACCUGUUCUACAGUAGAACCUGUCUUCAGAGACCACUGCUUUUGAUAGACAGCUUUUACCUACUGUAUACUUACUUAGUUUAGAGUACUCAAAGUUAAGGGCUUAAUUGACACAGAUGAACAGAUAUAUCAACUGGAACACUCUCAAAACAUGCCGUAGAAAACAGUCUACAGGAGUUUAGUUGGUGAAGUCAUCAAUUAAUGCAAAAUUUAAAGUCCAACAACAAUGCUGAAAUAAGAUAUAUAAAUAUAAAAUUUAGUUCUUUUACAACAAUUAUGAAACAAGUUAUUUCAACUUACAUUAAUAACUCUUAUUAGCCCAAAUUUUAGCGUGCAGGGGGGUCUUAAUGUGGGAUUUAACGGAAGUACCCAUAGAAAACCCAUGUGACACCAUACCUGUUAACGUCUGAUCGGGGAAUCAAACCCCAGCUGCUUUUGUGAAAGGUGAGUGUUAUCCACGCCACCACCCGACCACCGUUAAAUAAGACUACCACUAAUAUAUGCACAUCUACAAUAUCCAGACACUUGGUAAUGAGAUGCCCAUUGAAUGUGUAAGGAGCAAGAACAAUGAAUUGGUUGACAUCUAACAGAAAAAUCUCAGUAAAAUUUCAAUUGAAGAUUUUUCUGUCCAUUCAAUUUGUAUGGAAACCAAAAUUUAUGGGUCUCUAGAUAUGGUUGGUUUUAUCACUUGGUCACUAAAUAUGGCAGUCAAGAUCUUUGGGUCACUAGAUAUGGCAGUCAAGAUCUUUGGGUCACUAGAUAUGGCAGUCAAGAUAUCGCUAGGUAUAUCAGAUCAGAUCGAGGAUCAUUAGAUAUGGUUGGUUUUAUCACUGGGUCACUAGAUAUGGUUGGUUUUAUCACUGGGUCACUAGAUAUGGAAGUCAAGAUCUUGGGCUCACUAGAUAUGGUUGGUUUUAUCACUGGGUCACUUGAUAUGGAAGUCAAGAUCUUGGGCUCACUAGAUAUGGUAGUCAAGAUCUCACUAGAUAUAUCAGCUUAGAUCGUGGAUCACUAGAUAUAAUGGGUAUAUCUCAUGGUCACUUGAUACAUUAGGUGAGAUCUGGGGUAUCUACAUAUGGUAGACAAGAUCUUCGGUGUCAUUAGAUAUAGUGGGUAAGAUCCCAGGGUCACUAGGUAUUGUCGGUUAGAUCUGGACGAGUGUGACUAGUAGCCAUGGUUACAUGUAUACAAUUUAUACAAAAAUAUUCUACUUUCAUCUAGACCACCUGGUAACGCCGACACUUACUUCAGUAUAGUAUUACUAUAAACUGAUCUUAGGAGUUCAUAACUUAACUAUUAUUUAGUGAAUCAAAACAUGUUUUAGUGAUGAAAGUAUGUACGAGUUGUUGGUGGGUGUAACCGUGUUUAUGGUGAUAUGUAAGUAUACAGAUCUAGGAUAGUAGUUUCAACUGAACUAUCAUGUGAAUAUUGGUGCUUUGCAUAACGACCCAUGUUGGAAAAUCUGAAAACAAAUAGUAUUAAACACAUUAUUUAAAACAAGGGUCAUUUUGGAAUGCCAGUGAUUUUGUAAACCAAUAGUUGUAAAUCUUCCUCAGAAAGAGCAGUGUGAAAGUGUGUUUGAUUGUGAGUCUGCUUCUUGUAAAUUAACUUUCAUUGUUAUAAAUUGCACUGUUGUCUAUGUAUCAUCUGCAAGAAAAAAUUGUUUGCAAGGACAGUUUUAAUAAUUUUGCAGCAAAUCUACUAUUUGAUGUCAUCACUGAAAUGUAAAUAGUGAAAAUUUUCCUUUUGAAGAACAAAUAUGUUUCAUAUUGUCUAAACAAAUGACAAUGAAUUGUACCAUAGAAACCUAAACCUUAUGUUCACCUUGGAAACCAUUAACCUUAUGUUACCUAAGGAACCAUUAACCUUAUGUUACCUAAGGAACCAUUAACCUUAUGUUACCUAUAAUAAGGAACCAUUAAUUGAAAAAAACCAAUGACCUUUACUUAGAAAUCAGUUACUUUCAGCAAUGAAUGACCUUAAAGUAUACCUUAUAUACCGGAGAACCUUAGAAACCAAUGACCUUGAACUUUGUGAAUUAUUCACCAUUAUAUCUCCAAUGUGUAUCCAACUUGUCUUCAAACUCAUAGCUGUCAUUUUAGUACCUGGUUCUCCUAGUACCUAAUGAUCGUGGUGUUACAAGUUAGAACUCGGCAGUAUCGCAGUAUCCCAUGUUACAUACAUUUGUACAGAUAGGCCUGCAUGCCCAGAGUGUUACGAUGCCCCUUAGUGCCAUGUCUAUUUUCUGAGUGCUCUGUUUUUAUAAACAACUUAUACUUGAGAGUAUGGUUUGAACCAGUUGGUUCUUGCUUUAUUUGUAAAUUUGUGGCAUGAGUGUUAAGUACUAUUGUAUUCCUGUUUCUUAAUGGGAGAUACAGGACAUUUUGUUAAUGGGAGAUACAGGACAAUUUGUUAAUGGGAGAUACAGGACAUUUUGUAAACAUUCCUUUUCAUGUAGAAUCUCUAUAAUCAAAGUACAUUUAAUACUUAAUAACUUUUUUUAUUGGAAUAAAUUAUCGGUGAUUUGUUUUCACAGCAAACAUUAGUACUAUUCUCCAUUGGUUUUCUAGUAACUGAUUAAUUGUGUUGGACCAAUUGUUUAUUAACACCCCGUGAAACAGUUUUUACUGAUAAAGGUAUUUCUGUUAUCUGCUUAAAUACCGUGGAAGAGCUGUUCAAAAGUUAACUAUAAGAGAGGGGCCGGAGGCAUUUUUUCAGAGAUCUCGCCACCCAUAAAAUCUUAAAAGUGACCUAAUAAAAGAAAAAGUAGGCAGGUCUGGUUUUAACUCCACCAUCCAUAAUACAUUAUUACAGGUGGCUGCCACCUCCCCAAAACAAUUAGUUAUGAACUUAGUGAGGCUUUAAGCAUUUUCCCCAGAUACUUUGAGCAUUAUGCACUACACUGCAGUUGUCUCCCCUAGAUUGUUCAAUCAACGGCAUUAUUAUCUGUUUAUAGAAAUUUUGGUUGAAAGUUUCUUCGUUAUGCCCUGUUUGCCUCUAUAACCUUGAUGUAAUCAAAAUCGACAACCACUAGUAUAUCUGUUUUUAAUUUUAUGAUUUUUUAUCAGCUUGUACAUGCACUGAUUUAUUAAAUAUGCUUAUGUUUCACAUUUGUUUUUUCUCAUACCGAAAUUUGACACUUGUCUAUUUCCUGUCUCCUUAUUUACAUUUAUGAAGUCUUUGUUGAUCUGUAAUAAGUACAGAAAAACUAUGCCGUCUAAGAUCUGAUUAGCUGUAAUACUGUACCACAGCUGUGAUCAAUGAACAGAUCUGAACUAUUAUUCCCUCAAAAAUCUUUCUUUAAUAUUUAAUUUGCUGUUUAUUUUAAGAAUUCAAUUGUUGAUGAGGAUUCUACUGAAGAUGCAAAUUUUAGAUCAACUUGUACAUUGUACAUGUAACAGGUUUUCAAGUUUUUGACAACUUGUUUUAGACAUGUUGAUUCUGUAUCCUGGUCACCCCCACCAUUACUUACGCUUUAUCGUAUUCAACAAAAUAAUCUUGUACUCCAGACUUUGUUUUGUAAACUUGUACUCCAGAGCUUGAUUUUGCAGGUGCUUCUGUAUGAGUGGGUAUUGAUAUAUUUAUCAUUGUUGGGUUAUGUAUGUUAUGUACAUAAACAUGGAUGUGUAGUAUAUAUAAAGAGGGUUUGAAAUUUCAGGUUUGUAUGUAUAUCCAUGUGUCGCAAAAUAGUAGAUUUUGGAGAUGUAGAUUUUUGCAACAUUUUUUACCUUAUUACAAAAUCAUUUGAUCACAAAGAAAAUAUGAAAUAAAAGACAACCAUAAUUAUAAUUUAGAGUAAAAUAUAUAUUCUGUAUAUAACAUUUAGAAUUCACUCAAAUCAUACAUAAUAUAUAUUUGGUAGUGUAAGUUUGACCAUUAUAGUUUGUAUAGUGCAUGUUUCAAAGACAAAAAUAAUCAAAAGUCUUGUUGAGUGUGUGGUAUGUUGGUGGGGUUCUUUACCUUAGACUUCCUACUGCCACAUCUGUACCAAGUUACCUGUGACAUGACACGCUCACUAAUAAGCCCACCCUAUAGACAGAAUUACAGUACAAAAUUCUCAUAAGCCUAGCUUUUCAAAUUCAUGUUUUGACUUCUUACAUUCUUUGCAUUUGCAUAAUAAUAAUUAUGAAAUAUUUAUGGAACAACAACUACCUGUAUGUUAAAAUCAUUAAUCUGCAGGGAGAACCAUGGAAAUUUUGUGACACAACACAUUUGAUAUAUUCUACAGUAGUGCUAAAACAGCUACAAAACUAAGACAGGGUUCAAUUUAACAUGUGCCAUUAUAGUGUUAAGUUUGAUGGUGGAUACUUGCCAAACACUUUUGAUAACUUUUACGUUCAAAAGUAGAACUAAAGACACAUGUGUGGUACUUUUAAUAUAAAAGUGUUUAAAAAUGUUGCAUACAAAAGGGGUUUUAAAAUUGUACAUUACAAAAAAUGUACCAGACCAUGAUAUAAUAUUGUAAACUUUGAACAUAUGUCAAGCAUUGGCCGUCAUAAUGUAGUUCUUAUUCAUUCCAACUGCCAUACAGUAGUGUACACAUUAUACAUGUACUACAAUUAUACUAUGAAAUAUAAAAUCAAAAGGUUAUCUUGCCCCUUUAUCUUAUUUGUAAUUAUACUAUUUUUAUUACAUUAAAUAUUUACUUAAAUUUUGUUAUGUGUGCAUGAUACUAAGUUUGUGUAAACUGUAUUGCCAGUUUUCUCAUGAUGAAAUAGCCACAGAUCAAAGGAAGUUGUUAGCUUAGGAAAGGGGCACAAUAAUUGUCAUACCAUUGUACUGUGUAACCAUAACUAACUAAUGCAUUACAUAAUUAUGCUGUACUGUUGAAUUGACAUUAUGUAGUACAUAAUUAAAUUAUAGACAUUGCAUUGUUUGUUGUAUAACAUAAUCAGGAUGUACUGUAGACAUGAAAUGUUGUAUAAUAUAUAACAUAAUUGUGUUUUACUGUAGACAUGAAAUGUUGUACUGUGGACACGACGUUAUGUGUAUUGUAUUACAUAAUCAUGUCGCAGUUUAGACAAGACGUUGUUAUAAUGUAUAACAUAAAUGUGUUUUACUGUAGACAUGUAUUACAUAAUUGUGUUUUACUGUAGACAUGAAAUGUUGUAUAAUAUAUAACAAUUGUGUUUUACUGUAGACAUGAAAUGUUGUACUGUGGACAUGACGUUAUGUGUAUUGUAUUACAUGAUCAUGUCGCAGUUUAGACAAGACGUUGUUAUAAUGUAUAACAUAAAUGUGUUUUACUGUAGACAUGUAUUACAUAAUUGUGUUUUACUGUAGAC